AGGAGUUGCGAGAGCGCAGGAGUAAGCCCUGAUCCGGACAUCACCCGCGCCACGGCACGUCCCGCGGACCGCAGAGCUGCAGGCAGAGAGGAAAGAAGAGACUUAAAGAUGAAGAAAGAAGUGUCAGACAAUGAUGACAUCUGAUCUUCUUUUCUUCCUCCCUGACAGCUCACACUGUGGAUCUCUGCGAGCCUGGAUUGACUUCUUUCGGGUCAAUCCGGUCCCCGUCAUUCUUUGAAGCGAUUUAAUACCUCUUCAUAAAUGUUGGGACAAGUUGGAUCUCAGUAUUCUUGUAAGAUUUGCGCUCAGCUUUAGUUUCCAAAGCCCUGCUCAGAACAGGAGGCAAAGGGAAUAAAGAGCAGCCGGGAGCGCACCACGUUGUCCGAGUGACGGAUCCACUGCAGAACAAGUGCGCAGUGGAACGGGCUUUCCGAGGUUUUGUUCAUGUUCGGGAUCCAGGAGAGCAUCCAGAGAAGCGGCAGCAGUCUGAAGGAAGAGCCGCUGGGAGGCAUGAACGUCCGGAGCUGGAUGCAGGGAGGCGGCGUGCUGGACGCCAACACGGCCGCUCAAAGUGGAGUGGGUCUGGCCCGGGCUCACUUUGAGAAGCAGCCGCCCUCCAACCUGCGGAAGUCCAACUUCUUCCACUUCGUCCUGGCUCUGUACGACCGGCAGGGCCAGCCGGUGGAGAUCGAGAGGACCAACUUCGUGGACUUCAUCGAGAAAGAGAAGGAGUCGAGCGGGGAGAAGACCAAUAACGGGAUUCAUUACCGACUUCAGCUUCUCUACAGUAACGGCAUCAGAACAGAGCAGGACUUCUACGUCCGACUUAUAGACUCCAUGACUAAACAGCCGAUUGUUUAUGAAGGCCAAGACAAGAACCCGGAGAUGUGCAGAGUGCUGCUGACACAUGAGAUCAUGUGCAGUCGGUGCUGUGACAAGAAGAGCUGUGGAAAUCGUAAUGAGACGCCCUCAGACCCUGUUAUCAUCGACAGAUUUUUCCUUAAAUUUUUCCUCAAGUGCAACCAGAACUGCUUAAAGAACGCUGGGAACCCAAGAGACAUGAGAAGGUUCCAGGUGGUUGUGUCAACUACGGUGAGUGUGGAGGGACAUGUCCUGGCAGUCUCUGACAAUAUGUUUGUCCACAACAACUCAAAACACGGCCGGCGGGCUCGCAGACUCGACCCCGUGGAGGGAACCCCAUCUUACCUAGAACACGGAGCAGCUCCCUGCAUUAAGGCCAUCAGUCCCAGCGAGGGGUGGACUACAGGGGGCGCUACAGUCAUCAUCAUAGGAGACAACUUCUUUGAUGGCCUCCAAGUUAUCUUUGGUACCAUGCUGGUUUGGAGCGAGCUGAUUACGCCACAUGCCAUUCGGGUGCAGACACCUCCCAGACACAUCCCUGGGGUCGUAGAGGUCACUCUAUCUUACAAGUCCAAACAGUUCUGCAAAGGCACACCAGGAAGGUUCAUAUACACCGCACUGAACGAACCAACCAUUGACUAUGGUUUUCAGAGGCUUCAGAAGGUUAUCCCUCGGCACCCUGGAGACCCCGAAAGGCUUCCAAAGGAGGUUAUUCUGAAGAGAGCAGCGGAUCUGGUGGAAGCCCUCUACGGUUUGCCUCAUAACAACCAGGAGAUCAUCCUGAAACGAGCAGCGGACAUCGCAGAAGCUCUCUACAGCGUUCCACGAACACACACCCAGCUUUCCGGCUCGACGCACACAGGCAUGAUGGGAGUGAACUCCUUCACCGGACAGCUGUCCGUCAACGUCUCGGAACCGUCACAAGCCAAUCAGGGGUUUGUGCGCAGCAGCAGUAGCGUGUCACCUCACGGUUAUGUGCCCAGCUCUACACCUCAGCAGACCAGCUACACCUCAGUCAGCAGCACCAUGAACGGCUACGCUAACAACGGUGGCAUGACCAACCUCGGAGGCUCGCCCACUUUCCUCAACGGCUCCGCCGCCAACUCGCCUUAUGCUAUUGUUCCAUCCAGUCCCACUAUGGCCUCAUCCACAUCUCUUCCCUCCAACUGUUCUUCUUCUUCUGGGGUUUUCUCCUUCUCCCCGGCCAACAUGGUGUCGGCGGCCGUUAAACAGAAGUCCGCCUUUGCCCCGGUGGUGAGGCCGUCGUCCUCUCCUCCCCCUUCCUGCACUAGUGCCAAUGGCAAUGGACUUCCAGAUCAAACAUUUGUGGACUCUAGCAAGUACUCAUCAGCCGGCUCUCUACAAGGCCUGGCCUUCACCUGAACAAUCCCAGGAAUGAUCGUCCCACCCAUGUAAAGGUGUGAGCGUGUGAUUCUGUGUGUGUGUUUGUUGGUGUAAGAUGAGUCAAGCACACUCUCGCUGAUCCCGCUGGAGGAUUUGCUCCGAGACGGACUCCGGCUGGGGAUGGAGGUGUCCAUCCAGAUCUGAAGGAACAAAACCAACUCAGGCCCUUUCUAACACAAAAAUACAAGGAGAACAGCAAAACUGUUUGUAGAAAUCUUUGUACAAUGUCAUGCUUUUAUAGGAGAACUGCCACAUCCAAGAUUAUGACUCUCCAUGGUCACAAAAAAUUUAUUUUGGACACAAUCCACUUCCUCUCUUCAGAGAUUGAUUUUCUUCUUCUUUUUUGUGCUACAUGUGAUGACCUUCUUUUCAAUGUAACCUACAGGAGCGAUUUUCUAUUUAUGGAGUUUUGUCUUCAAUGAAGGAUUAUAAUGUGAAAAGGACCUGAUGGUGAUGAGGAUGCUUUCAUACAGGCCUGAUGCAGCCAACACAGACAAGCCAAACCUUCACAGACACACCUUCUCUUCUGUUUUUUGCCAAAACUACUCAUUCAUCACUCGGCCGACUGAACUGUUUGAGUUGACGGACUUUGAUUGUUCUGCUGAGGUAUCAGCCAUUCAGAAAAAUUCAAACGUUUACUUUUAGCUUUCGUCUCAUGCAUCUUCUCUGUGGUUCUCUUGUGAUACAUUUUCUUUAAAUAAAAAAAGUUAAGGAGAAAAGACUUCAAAUGAAUGUAGCUCCAUCAGGUGUGAUCAUGAUUUGCCAAUUACUAAUUGAUCUAAUUCAGUUUUAAAUUCAGACACAUUCAUU